UUUUGCAUAUUUGACGUAGCUAGUGGUGAAUCAAAGUGUGGUUAUUUUGCAACUGCUGAGCGCAGACCGGCACAAGAAUUUAGAAGAAGUAUGACAUCAUUCCUAGAAAAAGCGGAAGAAGUAGAUUUUAUUAUAAAAACGGCGAUUGAGAGAGACCCAAAGAAGAGGAGAGUUAAACCCAUCGACACCCAGGCUUCUAUUUUAGACUUUGAUUUAGAAGAAAGUUCAGAUGAUUCCGAUUUUCGUAUUGAAGAUCACCCUCAUAAUUCGGACGAUGACGAUUCACUGUCAUUAGAUAGUAAUGCUCCAGAGCAUCUCAGUGCGGAUGAUGACGAGGAAGAUUCGGAAGAGGAUUCGGAUGACUUGGAUGAUCUAAAGGAAUUUGAGGUAGUCAACGAUGGGCUCUCUGUAGCUGAUGUUAUUAAACAAGCAAAGAAGAAUUCGGAAACAAAACAUAAGUUCGAUGUUGGUGAUGCACAAUUAUUAAUUUGUUGCGGUUGUCUGGGUGAUCAGAGCGAUGGAGUGAAUGAAUUAAUCGAAUGUGAUGGAUGCGGUAUUACAGUACACGAAGCAUGCUACGGUGUAUCCGACAGUGGAAGUAUUGCAAGCACAGAUUCACUAUCGCCCACAGCGCCAUGGUUCUGUGAAGCAUGCAAAGCUGGGGUUUUGAAUCCGGUUUGCGAAUUAUGUCCAAACUCUGGUGGUAUUUUUAAGGAAACCGAUGUAGGGAAGUGGGUUCAUUUAGUGUGCGCUUUGUAUGUUCCUGGUGUCGCUUUUGGAGAGGUGGACCGACUUUCAAGUGUGACUUUAUUCGAAAUGCCAUACAAUAAAUGGGGUGCCAAAGUAUGUUCUCUUUGUCAAGAUGAACGUUUUGCCAGGACUGGUGUGUGCAUUGGGUGCGAUGCGGGAAUGUGCAGAACAUAUUUCCAUGUUACAUGUGCUCAACGCGAAGGUUUCCUUUCAGAGGCACAUUCUGAAGAAGUUGAUCAAGCAGACCCUUUCUACGCACAUUGCAAGAUGCAUUCUGAUAAAACCUUGGUCAAAAAGAGAAAACGUAAUUAUUUAGCAUUACAGCUGCGCGCGCACAACAGACGUAAACAUUUAGAAGACAGCGAGAACACGCCUUCAUCCGAACAGCAACGUAUUCACAGAAAGUUGGAGAAGCAGAAACUGCAUUAUCUUUCUUUAAAAAGCCAGAAACAACCACCUUGGGUUCCAACACAAAAAAUGCCAAGACUUUUAACCACCUCGGCUUCUGCAUGUAGGAAAUUAUUACGCAAAGCAGAGUUAAUGGGUAUAGAUACAGCUGCGUUAGAAAUACAAGAAGCACAAAUGGCCGCUUUAGUGGAUAUAAGAAAAAAAUGGCAUAUACCUCCCGCAUUUAGUGUUGAAUUUAUUGCUUAUUAUUUAGACCGCAAUGAUCGCUUGAAAGUAAUGAAAACUGCUUUGGAGCAACUUCUAGAAGAUAACAAUGAUUUAAUAGAACAACAACAGACAUACAGAAUGAAGUAUGACGAGUUGAUGAAAGAAAGCGCAGAAGAAUUACAUUCCACGUCAAUGUUAAAGGACAAAAUACACAAACUGCAUUCUGCAAUUUUAAGUGCUUGUCCGACGAAAAAUUUGCCUAACAUUGACGAAUUAGGUAAACCGGCAAGCCGAGUAAUCCAACCAAUGAUGGUACCAACAGCUGCUGCUUUGAAAAUGGGAGUUGGCUUUCCCUUAAGUAGUAAUAUUUCAUCGGGUAGAAAUGACACCAGUCGAAUUCUUAGCAGCCAAGCACGACAAACACAAGAUAACCUCCUUUUAAAUGAGUGUGGAAUUUGCCGACAACAUCGAGAUCAACAUUUAUUGGCCAAGUGUGAUACUUGUCACUUGUAUUAUCACUUAAACUGUUUAAACCCUCCCCUUACUCGGCUGCCAAAAAAGUCAAAACUCUAUGGCUGGCAAUGUUCAGAAUGUGAUAAGACCACAGAUUCGGAGGUGGAGCAAGUGAAGACGCCCCGCAGAAGCCGCAGUCGUUAUAGUAGAGAGUCAAGAUCUGACAAAGAGAUGUUUACUCCUAAGGUUAUUAUUAAACCGGUUGAACGGGACCCCCUACAUCCAGAAGUAACAUCUAAUGUUACAAUACACGUAAAGAACUACAACCUGCCAACUGAAACAAAUGCGUAUAAAUUUGAAGAAUCCUUUAAAAUCAAUGAAACAGAUAAUAGAAAUGGUUAUGGACUGAAUAGCAGUGUCGAAGAUCCAUCACUACAGAUACUGUCUCGCUCCAGUAAAAAACGUAGAAGAGAGAAACAUCGUUCUCGUUAUUCUCCAGACGCUUUACGUCCUUCUAAAGAACAUAAAAGAAAAAGGAAGAAGAAAAGUUUGGAUAUUGAGAAUCCAAAUCCACAUCCUCGUAUCACUAUAAAGAUUCGCCCAAUUCCUUUACCUGCUGGAGAAAAGACGUCAUCUUCAAAUCCACAAUGCUUUUAUGUUCCCAAUGAAAACGAUGACAAUGCUCCGCCCUACCCCAGUAUUAAAAAAACGAUUAGCACUCCCUAUAUUCCAAUUACACCCGUUUCCACCACACCCGUGAAGAAAAGCGGUAAUUCUUCUAUGUGUGAUGUCUGUAAUUCAGAGGGAAAUCAAUCAAAUUUAGUUAGCUGUGAUGAUUGUUAUAAACGCUACCACUUCACUUGCCUAGAGCCCCCAUUAAAAAAAUCCCCCAAGAAAAGAGGCUACUCGUGGCAUUGUGCAGAUUGUGAUCCAACGGCGUCAGAAUCUAAUUGAAGACAUCAGUAGCUGUUUUAUAUGUUUAAUAAUGGAUUUGGCUUGGCCAUGUGAAUUAAAUAAUAAAUUCAUUUACUACUA